UCUUACCCUCUCCCCCCCCCCCCUGUCCAAUCCUACAUGUCUGACUCUUCUUCUCUUGGUUGCAUUCUGGUUGCCGGCGGUGCCGGCUACAUCGGCUCGCACACGGUGGUGUGCCUGCUUGAGGCUGGUUACGAGGUGGUGGUUGUGGACAACCUUUCCAACUCGUCCAAGGUAGCGCUCGACCGGGUGGAGCAGAUCACGGGCAAGAGCGUGACGUUCUACAAGGCGGAUCUGUGCGACGACGGAGCGCUGGAGCCCAUUUUCGAGGCGCAUACCUUUGAGGCUGCCAUCCACUUUGCCGGCCUGAAGUCUGUCUCCGAGUCUGUGGCCGAUCCGAUCCACUACUACCGGACCAACAUCGUGUCGUCGCUCAACCUGGUGACGACCAUGGCGAAGCACGGGUGCAAGAAGCUUGUGUUCUCGUCGUCGGCGACGGUCUACGGCGACCCUCAGUACCUCCCGAUCGACGAGGCUCACCCGCUGGCGAUCGAUACCGACUCGCCGUACGGUGCGACGAAGCUCAUGAUCGAGCGCAUCCUGCAGGACGUGCACCGCUCGGACCCCGAGUGGAAGAUCAUCAUGCUGCGGUACUUUAACCCGACCGGCGCCCACGAGUCCGGCCUCAUCGGCGAGGACCCGGUCGGCCCGCCGGCCAACCUCCUGCCGUUUGUCUGCCAGGUUGCCGUCGGCCGCCGCGAGAAGCUCAUGGUCUUUGGCUCGGACUACCCGACCGACGACGGCUCGGGCAAGCGCGACUUUAUCCACGUUGUCGACCUCUCCGACGCCCACGUCGCCGCCGUCAAGGCCCUGCCCAACGUCUCCAUCGAGGCCGUCAACGUCGGCACCGGCAAGUCCACGUCGGUCCUCGAGCUCCACGCCGCCAUGGAGGCUGUCGUCGGCAAGCCGAUCCCCUACGAGAUGGCCGCCCGCCGCCCGGGCGACAUCUGCGAGUGCUACGCCUCGUGCGGCAAGGCCAAGGAGGUCCUCGGCGGCUGGGAGGCCAAGUUUGGCAUCAGCGACAUCUGCGAGUCGGCCUGGCGCUGGCAGUCACAGAACCCGCAGGGCUAUGCCGACCAGGCUUGAUUCUCAUCCCCGCCGCGGAUGGCACGCCGGCCAAGUCUCUGCCGUGACAUCAUCAUUAAUCGUGAAAAAAACAAACAAGUUCAACGAGUG